UCCCUUCUUCCUUCCUUAUCAGUUAUCGACUUAGAAUGGCCCUUUAAUUUGGGGAGAUAUAUUUUUUUGGCGGAACACUCGUUUUCCUGUUUCUUCCCAACCAAAAACUAAAACCAUGGCGGGAAUCGCAACCCUGGGUCUGUCUCCCAGUUAUUGUCUCCGUUGGUCAUCGGUUUCUUUCUCAUCGAAGACGUCUGUUCUCCCAAUGCGGGUUCUUCCCAGAAUUCCUCUGCGCUUCAGAUUCCCAAAAAUCCUAGCAUUCUCUAGCAACGAUAUUAAAGUAGGUUCAAACAUUGAAGUGGAUGGAGCUCCGUGGAGAGUCAUUGAAUUUCUUCACGUGAAACCUGGGAAAGGGGCAGCAUUUGUUAGGACCAAAAUGCGCAAUUAUGUAACUGGCAACGUUGUUGAGAAAACGUUUCGAGCUGGAAGUACGAUAAAUGAAGCAAAUAUAGUGAAGGAAAUCAAGCAGUACACGUACAAAGAUGGUUCCCAGUUUGUGUUUAUGGAUCUGAAUACAUAUGAAGAAACACGUCUUAACGAGUCAGAUGUCGGUGACAAGACAAAGUGGCUGAAAGAGGGAAUGGACUGCAAUGUGCUCUUUUGGAAUGGAAAAGUCAUCGAUUUUGAACUUCCCAUCACAGUUAAGCUGACUGUGGUUGAUGCGGACCCUGGUGUUAAAGGGGAUACUGCACAAGGCGGAUCAAAGCCAGCAACCCUCGAUACAGGUGCUGUUGUAAACGUUCCAUUGUUUGUAAACAUUGGGGAGGAAAUAUUGGUGGAUACGAGAACUGGACAAUACAUGAGCCGUGCUUAGAUUGUUUUGGCAGAUUUUUAGACUCUUCCAUUGCAAAAGAAAUUUUCUUAUUAUGUAUGUUUACCAAGGUUGAUCUUGAUUUUGUAAUCUCUCGAGUAUCAACACGAGGAUCCACAAGAGCAUAACAGAAAUUGUAUUUUAUCUACAUAGUACAAGAUGGAUUCCAUGGAAAUCUAAGACCUGAUAUCACAGGGAUUAGUGGUCAUCCAACUGUGGACGUGGUGUAAUACGCUUAGCCAUUUAUGAUUUACUACACCGAUUGAUGUA